AAAAGCGUUAUUGUAUAAUGCAAAUAUUUUUUAAUAUGGUAAUAACCCCUUUACUUUUUUUUGGAAAUGGAAAAUAUCUACUGUUAAGUAUUUUAAAAAUUUGUUGAGGCAGCAUUUCUAAAUCUCUAGACCUUCAUACGGUAGUUUCCCUUACCCAUGGCUUAACCUUUUGUUUUAGUUACCUGGGGUUAGCUGAAGUCUAAAAAUAUUGAAUAGAAAAUUCCAGAGAUAAAGUUUGUGAGCUUUAACUUGUGUACUGCCGAGUAGCAUGACGAAGUGUUGAACUGGUCACUGCAUCCCACCCAGGAGUCGAAUCAUCCCUUUGUAGAAUGUAUCCACAUUGUAUGCUGCCUGCCUAGGUCACUUAGUAGCAAUCUUGGUUAUCAUAUAUAGGAUUCAGUACUAUCCGUGGUUUCAGGCAUCCUCUGGGAGUCUUGGAAAAUAGCCCCCCGUGGAUAAAAGGGGACUUCUGUAUAUGUAAAAGCCCGGUCCCUCAUAUUCGGCUAGAAGGUUAAAUUCUGCCACUCAGCCUGUUUCCCCAUAGUCCCCUGCUCUAGACUUAGGUGGUUUGAGUGUUGCUGCUUGCACCCCGAAUACCAGGGCUCCACUGGCCAUUCAUUUCAGGACCUGGGCUCUGGAGGCUCAAGUUUCUGCAGAACAGACUCUAGCAGUGCUUUUGGCUUUAGUGCAACUUACACAUCAGAAGUGACUUUGAAAUCAGAUUUAAGAUUUGAACUUUAAAAUUCCAUCAAGUUGAGUACUCAAAGGAGGCACAAUAUUUUGAUCAGUUUCUCAGGUAGUAGUGUACUAUUUGGAUAAUUCAAAAAUAGUUUAAGAACUGGUAUAAAAUAACAUGAGGUAGCUUAUAAGUUACUACCUCAGAUGCUUCUUGAGUGCCCCAAUUUAAACAUGACCCGUGUUAAAUACGAUGUGAGGUUUAUAGAAAAUACCUUCAAGAGUAUUCUCGACCUGCUUGUGACUUGAGAAGCUUAAUGUCUAAACUACACAUUUCAGAUGGCCUUUGGGACUUUUCAGCUAUAAACAUCAGGAAAUGUGCAUGUUUGACAGAGAGCACUGUUAAUUUUUGUAAUUUUAAGUAAAAAUAUUUUGCCAUUUAUUGCAUUAGCAUAUUUUUAAGUGUGUGUUAAGUAAAUAUAAAGUAAACCUUAAUAUAGAUGAAAAUUUUGUAGCAGUAAAUUUUGUCUAAAAUUUUGCUAUCUCACCUUUCUCAACUUGAAUGACUUCAUUUUUUCCUAUUCUGUCUUGGUGUAAGAGAAUUAAAAUUUUUCUUUUCUUCAGUAAGGUAGAAAAAUAUGUCACCUGAUUUCCUGGCUUAUGGUAGCAAAUUGUUUAAAUUAGUGCCAGCUGUUAGAUGUGUGAGCAGGUGCUUGACCUGGACUGUCCUUACCUAGGCCUUCACCUGCUCCACCCCUGGGCUAGUCGGGCUGAGGAGUGCAAGAAUUGGGGGUUGUGUGUCUGCCAUAAUUAUCAAGUCAGUUGUUUUAUGUUACUAGAUUGCACGUCAAGAUUACUAACAGUCAUUUUUUGAACUUCAGGAAGUAUUUGGAUAGAUUGCUUGCUUUGAUAUUGGUUUACUAGAAAUUAAGUUCUUGUUCUUUACUGUGAUAACCUGAUUGAGCCUCUAUUUUACUUUCUUCUUACUAUCCUUUCUGUAUUAUGGCAUGAAUGAUACCUAUUUCCUCCCAUAGCUAUUAAUACAGAGUUAGCAAAUGAUAGUCUUGGUACCUGAGUUUUGCAAAUAAUUGUGUUUCUUACUUUAAAGUGUUAGAAUAUGUGAAUAUUUAUCUUCUGUUAAUCUUGCAUUUAGGAUUUUAUGAAAAUGGAAAAUUAUGAGGCAUUUGUAGGCUUUGAUCUCUGUAAGACACCACUCUCCAGUAUUGCUCAGAAGAUUAUGUCUGCUAUGCGUUCAGGUGAUUUAGUUGAUUCUAACAAUGGGGGAGACAAUACAAAUACUGUAGAAGCGAUAAACAAAUCCAGUGUUAAGUGUUCAGUACUACCUGAAGAUGGAAAGAAUCAAUCACUGGAAAAAAAGAAUGUUCUGUCUUUGACAAGUCAGACUUCAGGAAGUUCCAGCAAGCUCUCUUCUCAGUCCUGCAGUACCUGGCCCACAGAUUGGCUGUCUGCUGACCAGAAACCGAAGAACAGCCACUCACUGGCUCGUUCUAGUUGUUCAGUUCCACAGUGGACUCCAGAGGAAAUGGAGUGUACAAGAAAGCAUUUCCUCACGGACAGUGUGAAGCAGGGAAGUAAAGAAAGCAUGACUCUUAAAAGGAAACACAGUGCACACGGUAAUUCACCCGAGAGAGCAGGCACACGGACGGCACCGGACGAGGCUGAAGCCCACCUAAAUUCUGGGAACUCAAGAGCAGUCAAGGAACAUCUUUGUGACAUUAGGUAUUUGGAUGAUUUGACAAAAAACCAGCUGAUUGAAAUGCUCAAUCGGGCAGCAGCUCUGGUGGUCACUCUGAUGUAUAAGGAUGGUUCAACCCAGCUAAGUGCUGACCAGGCUGUCAUUUCGUCUGUCAAAGGAAUUGUGGUGCUACUGAAUUGCCAGGUGGAGGGCGGCAGUGCUGCUCCGGCUGCUGCAGCCAGGGGGAGUAUUCUGGAUGAGGAUCAGUGCAUCUACAUACAAACAGAGCACUCUUGUCUUGCCAGCCAAGAACAGGAGGCACACAAUCAAUUUGCCAGGAAUAUGCUGUCUCAAGUGCUGAAACGAAAGCUCCCAGUUGUUUGCUUCAAUGCUAAGGACUUUGUGAGAACAGUGCUGCAGUUUCUUGGUGAUGCUGACAGCUGGAAGCAUGUUGCUGAUUUUGUAGGCCUUGACCCCAGAAUUGCUGCAUGGCUUAUAGAUCCCAGAGAUGCCACACUAUCUUUUGAACAUUUAGUGGCAAAAUACCUCGAAAAAUCCACCACAGUUAAAGUGAGCAGCACUUACGGAAAUGCCUCAAGAAAUAUUGUGAAUCAGAACGUACAUAUGAAUCUAAGGAUACUCCACAGGCUUAUGAUGACGCUUUGCUCCAAGUUGAAGGCUUAUAGUUUAUGGCAGCUAUUUUGGACUUUGGAGCUUCCUCUGAUACCAAUUUUGGCAGUGAUGGAAAGACACAGCGUUCAGGUGAACAAAGAAGAAAUGGAGAGGACAUCAGCGCUUCUUGGGGCUCGUCUGAAAGAAUUGGAGCAAGAAGCCCAUUUUGUUGCAGGAGAAAGGUUUCUCAUAACGAGUAACAACCAGCUGCGGGAGAUCCUCUUUGACAAGUUAAAGCUACACUUGCUGAGUCAAAGGCGUCUCCCCAAAACAGGGCUGCAGAAAUACCCAUCCACGUCAGAAGCUGUGUUAAAUGCCCUGCAAGACCUUCAUCCGCUACCCAAGAUAAUUCUGGAAUAUAGACAGGUUCACAAGAUCAAGUCAACCUUCGUGGAUGGAUUACUUGCUUGCAUGAGAGAGGGCUCCAUUUCUUCUACGUGGAAUCAAACUGGAACUGUGACAGGAAGACUUUCAGCCAAGCAUCCUAAUAUCCAAGGUAUCUCCAGGCACCCAAUUCAUAUUACUAAACCUCAGAAUACUAAAGGCAAAGAAGAUGAGAUUCUCACUAUCUCCCCAAGGGCCAUGUUCGUCUCUUCUGCAGGCCACACCUUCCUGGCAGCAGACUUCUCGCAGAUUGAAUUGCGCAUUCUUGCGCAUUUGUCUGGGGAUGCAGAACUUUUGAAGUUAUUCCAUGAAUCUGAGAGAGAGGACGUGUUUUCCACUCUAACUUCACAGUGGAAGAACAUGCCUGUGGAACAUGUGACACACGUGGACAGAGAGCAGACAAAGAAGGUGGUGUACUCAGUGGUCUACGGAGCAGGGAAAGAGCGGCUUGCUGCCUGCCUUGGAGUUGCUGUUCCGGAAGCUGCACGGUUUUUGGAGACUUUUCUGCAGAAGUACAAGAAAAUCAGCGACUUUGCCCAAGCAGCUAUCGCUCAGUGUCACCAGAGAGGCUAUGUGACAUCCGUCACGGGCAGGAGGAGGCCUCUGCCGAGGAUUUGUGCGCAGGAACCGCACCUCCGGGCCCAAGCAGAGCGCCAAGCAGUGAACUUCGUGGUGCAAGGCUCAGCCGCAGACCUCUGCAAGAUGGCCAUGAUCCGCAUCUUCGCUGCAGUCUCCAGCUCGCCCACCUUGACGGCCAGGAAACCUGAGAGGAUGAGCCCACCGCGCACCCCCCAUGUGCAGGCCCCAGCCUCCCAGGCGACUCCCGCCCUCCCUUGCAGGCUGGUGGCCCAGAUUCACGAUGAGCUGCUGUUUGAGGUGGAGGACGCGCAGAUCCCUGAGUUUGCAGCUCUCGUCAGAGGGACCAUGGAAUCCUUGCAGCAAGUGCCAGCGCUGGAGCUUCAGCUGCAGGUGCCCCUAAAGGUGAGCCUGAGUGUCGGCCGCUCAUGGGGACAUCUGGCACCACUGCAGGAGGCCGUGAGCUCUGGGCUCAACCCGCCGCACUGAGUCUCCCAGCAACAGCCAGGCCGCCCAGGGCCCCUCAGCACCCACCCUCAGGGCCCCCUCAGCACCCACCCUCAGGGCCCCCUCAGCACCCACCCUCAGUGCCUGCAUUUUUCGCCUUCAUUUUGUGUGUAGCCCCAGGCAACAGUGGGAGGAGAGAACUGGUUUCCACCGGCCCAUCAUUGUGUGGCCUUCCCCCAAGGUCACCAGUGGGCACCUUGUACCAGCUCCAAGACUUGCACAGACCGUGUUAACCCUUUAGGACCAGGACUGGC